AUGUGUCUAGGAGUUUUCAUCGGCGCAGUGGUGGCCCAGCACGGGCAUGAGCACGCGCACUCCUCGCAGCACAUCUCCAAGCACGACGGACACGCGGAGGAAAUCAUCAUCAAGGACCACCACGGACACGAGAAGCACGUCGACUACUACACGCAUCCCAAGUACGAGUUCAAGUACGAGGUGGAAGACAAGCACACGGGCGACCACAAGACGCAGCACGAGCACCGCGACGGCGACGUCGUCAAGGGCUUCUACAGCCUGCACGAGCCCGACGGCUCCCUCAGGGACGUGCACUACCACAGUGACAAAAAGACUGGUUUUCAUGCAACGGUCAAGCACAGUACCCACCACAUCGUGCCGGAACACCAUCAUCACCAUCUGCAAGUAUCUCAUUCCAUACAUCAUUUUCGGUUUACAUUCGACCAUUCAACAGUUCUGAAAAUGUACUCAAAAAUAUUAGUGGUUGCCGCUACCCUGGCUGUAGCUCUUGCUCGGCCACAAGAAGGGCACGGGCACAAUGAACAUGGACACGCGUACUCGUCUCAGAGCAUCGUUCUACACCAGAGCCACAGUCAGGAGCAUGGACAUGGCCAUGGGCAAGAACAGCUUGGUCAUAUUCAGCUUGGCCAUGUGCAACUUGGUCAUAUCCAGCACGAGCCCGUGCAUCUAGUGUCAUACCACGAGCCCAUUCACACUGUGUCACAACAAACUCACCACGCCGUCUCUUCACAAAACAUCCAGCGGCACGACGUGCCCGGCAAGGCGCCCGAAGGCCACCACGACUACUACGCGCACCCUAAAUACGAGUUCGAGUACAAGGUGGAGGACCCGCACACCGGCGACAAGAAGUCCCAGCACGAGUCCCGCGACGGCGACCUCGUGAAGGGCUACUACAGCCUGCACGAGGCCGACGGCACUGUCAGGAUCGUGCAUUACACCGCUGACCACAAGACUGGAUUCAAUGCCCAGGUCCAGCGUGAAGGUCACGCCAAGCAUGUAGUACCGGCUCAUCAUCAUUAAUUUACGUUGUGGUUUCUUAACUAUUUUUCAUUUGUGUUUAUGCUUGUGAUACCUGAUUAUGUAAUAUGUGUUAAAUUAGUUUUACAACAUGUAAAUAAAGCUGUUGCUUCGAU